UAGCCACUUAGCCCCUUCAUUUAUUUCUUUCUUUCCUCCCUUCUCUCUCUCGGGUGUCUUCACAGUAAAACAAAGAUGAAAGCCUUUUGCAGUGCGGCGGAGUUGUUGACCUAGGGCAAUUUGCGAAGUUCCGUUCUGUAUCGAAAAGGGUCAGCAAUUACUUUUUCGUCUUCGGGAAGGGAAUGAUUUUUCAGUCCCGAGGGCCAUGGAAGUAGAUACUGGAAAUUCGUGUUUUAUUGAGAAGCUGCCUGUAGAAAGAUAUACAACAUCUACAAGAGAAACAAAGAAGUCGCCUCCAGAAAAUAACAAAAGCCCUCCUGUAUUUGUCAAUCACGCUGCUAUUGCAUGGCAUGAGAACAGACGAAGAUGGGUUGGAGAUGUAUCAAGUAGGUCAGAUAGGAUGCUGAAGGAUCCAAUUAUAAGUUGGUCAACAACCUAUGAAGAUUUGCUCUCUACAACUGAGCCUUUCUCCGAGCCAAUUCCUUUAACUUUUCUGGAUUUCACAGGAGAUGGUAGACUUUUUAGUCGAUAUUUGGUAUGAUGAGGGGCUUUUCGACUAGAUAAUUGUGAAGGCGACUUCACCUAUGUAUCUCGUGCAGAUUAUUGUGCAGACAUUGGAAAAUUCUUGUGCAUCUUCGACAAUCUUUGACCCGUAAGAUAUUUAGCUUGACAUUCAACUUCUUUUAGCAAAUUCUUCUAGUCAUUGAUCUUUAUAGGACCUUCCAUUUUAUGUUGUACCGUUUGUAGAUCGGAGAGUCCUCUGAAUCAUGUUGUAUCAAAACAUUGUUAUGUAUAAGUACUGAAUCUUUCAAGCAGAUUCUUAAUGAUCCCAAAGUAGCUUUUGUUUCAA